ACGUUCAUAUCAGUUAUGGAUUCUGGAACAAACAGUAGACAUAAGCGUAUUAACUUCGACGGUAAGAUGAGAUUGCGGCCUAUGGUGAGACUGGGAAUGUUGGGGUUGGGUUUGUUCUUGGGACUGGUGAUUCUACCCCUUCUAGAGACCAGCGCUUCACGUGUCAUAUACUAUAAUUUGCCGAAUAGUGAAAAGAGUGUGGAAGUAAACGGGAACACCACCAACUCGGUGGAAAGAGGCAUGCUCUUGGCUGUACAACGGAACCCUUGUAAGCGUGGAUAUAUGCAUGACCAUCGAAAUCGUUGUCGCCGGGUUGUAUAGUAACCUUUGGACAUGGGCGCGCGUUAAUUGAUGGUUCCAUCAAGAACUCAUUAACGUGUAGGAAAUCAAAUAUUUAUACACGCCUACGUCACGGCAGAACCAAAAGAAAGCAGUGUUUGCAAUGACGAAAUUAUUGGAAGCUUUCAAAUCAUCACAGAACAACAGUAGAUAAUAUACAAGUAAAAACGUUAUAGUCAAGUACCCGAAUAUGAGAUACCCGUUACUCAAUUUAGAUAAAUAAAAUUUUUUUAAAUGAAUUUGAAACUUCGACGGUUUAAAACAUUAUUGAAUUUAACAGCCAUUUUAAUUAUUAUGUUCUUCAGAUCACUUAAAUAAAGCAAUGGAAAAUAA